UCUCUUUUCUCUCCACCCCUCUCUCUAUCUCUCCCCACCCCCUCUCUUUUCUCUCCACCUCUCUCUCCCACUCCCUCCGCCAUUCCAUCAGGUCCUCACAAACACAGAAGUUCAGAGAGAAGACAGCUCCCUUACCAGAGAAGGAAAGAAACAAAGAAACGGACGAAGAGAGAAAGAGUGAGGGGAAUAAAAAAAUAAGUGGUAUUAACAGUGGAGGACAAGUUUUGGAGGAGAGGAGAGCAAAGGGAGAGAGGGGUGGUUUGGGUGGGGGGUGGGUAGCGUACAAGGCUGCUCCGUCUGUCUCCUCCAUCCCUCCGUCUCCGUCGCCGUGGGUUCACAGCUCUCCCUCCCCCCCUCCCUCGCUCCCUACCUCCCCCGCUCGCUGCUGGCGGGAGCCUCCGAGCUGCUGCGGCGGAGGUCGUCUCGGAUGGAGUCGCCGAGAGACGUAGGAGGAGAGACGAUGGAGCGCGGGGAGCGGCCGGAGCGGGCCGAGCCGCUGACCGAUGCCGAGCGGGAGAUCAUCCAGAACACCUGGGUACACGUCUACGAGAACUGCGAGGACGUGGGCGUGUCGGUCCUCAUAAGGUUCUUUGUGAACUUCCCGUCGGCCAAGCAGUACUUCAGCCAGUUUCAGGACAUGGAUGACCCAGAGGAGAUGGAGCGCAGUGUCCAGCUGAGGCACCACGCCCGCCAGGUGAUGGGCGCCAUCAACAAGGUGGUGGAGAACCUCCACGACCCAGAGAAAGUGUCCUCUGUUCUGGCUCUGGUGGGCAAGGCGCAUGCCGUCAAACACAAGGUGGAGCCUAUGUACUUUAAGUGUUUAUCUCACUUCCUCCCUUUCUCCAUCUCUCAGAUCCUGUGUGGUGUAAUGCUGGAGGUGUUCUCAGAGGACUUCCCAGAGUUCUUCACGGCAGAAGUGCAAAUGGUGUGGACCAAACUGAUGGGGGCGGUGUACUGGCAUGUGACGGGCGCCUACACAGAAGUUGGCUGGGUGCAGCUCUCCAGCUCGGCAGUGUGAGGGGCGAUAGCAGGGGAGAUUUUUAGGGCUGAGACUGUUCAUAGAAUAUCUUGUUGUGUUCAACUUUUAGGGAGUCUUUCCCCUCUCCCUGCUGACUCAUUGUGUGUACUUUACUGUAUAGCCCAUGAGAUGUUGUCUAUAUAGCCCCCAAGGCAUUGUCUGUAUAGCCCCUGAGAUGUUGUCUGUAUAGCCCCUGAGAUGUUGUCUGUAUAGCCCCUGAGAUGUUGUCUGUAUAGCCCCUGAGAUGUUGUCUGUAUAGCCCCCGAGGCAUUGUCUGUAUAGCCCUGAGAUGUUGUCUGUAUAUCUCCUUAGGUAUUUUCUAUAUAGCCCCUGCGGUGUUGUCUGUAUAAGCCCCUGAGGUGUUGUCUGUAUAAGCCCCUGAGGUGUUGUCUGUAUAGCCCCUGAGGUGUCUGUAUAGCCCCUGAGGUGUUGUCUGUAUGGCCCCUGAGGUGUUGUCUGUAUGGCCCCUGAGGUGUUGUCUGUAUAGCCCCUGAGGUGUUGUCUGUAUAGCCCCUGAGGUGUUGUCUGUAUAGCCCCUGAGGUGUUGUCUGUAUAGCCCCGGAGGAGUUGUCUGUAUAGCCCCGGAGGAGUUGUCUGUAUAGCCCCGGAGGAGUUGUCUGUAUAGCCCCGGAGGAAUUGUCUGUAUAGCCCCGGAGGAAUUGUCUGUAUAGCCCCGGAGGAAUUGUCUGUAUAGCCCCGGAGGAAUUGUCUGUAUAGCCCCGGAGGUGUUGUCUGUAUAGCCCCGGAGGUGUUGUCUGUAUAGCCCCUGGGGUGUUGUCUGUAUAGCCCCUGGGGUGUUGUCUGUAUAGCGUACAGUAAGUGAGCGUGUGUAUUCUCUAUGCCCUCAUCCAACCCUCAUUGUAGUAUUGUAAAUCUCCAAUGCUUUCAAGGGAACUAAGGGCUCCAUUUUAGGGAGUUUUGUUGCUCACUGAAUGUAUGCCACUUUGGAUUCCCAAACACACCCUGUCUCUUUCCAUGCCCAUCUCAUGCACUAUACAAACACACCCAUCUGCUAACAACCUGUCCAUACGGCAAAUGGCUAUUUAAAUGUAGAAACAAUUUCAAAGUGAUGGGAUAGAGCCACAGGCUGACAGACCACUGUUAAGGUGCCAUCUCCUCUUUAUAAGCAUGCAAGCACGAGCACACACACACACACACACACACACACACACACACACACACACACACACACACACACACACACACACACACACACACCACUCUGCUGACUUUGACCGCCCACAUGCUAAUAUUUACUGAGCAUUGACUUGGUUUACAUUUCCUCAUUAAACUCUCCAUUAAGGGUUUAAGAAACUGACUCCGGAGGUCUCUGGAAAUACACUAAUGCUACUUCAAAGGUUCCGUUGUAUCUUUCACCUCUGAACCAAUAGGGUAAGAAAAAAUAUUAAUAUCGACCAUAUCUGAUAUACUAAGCACUCUUACAACCCUACCAAGAGGUCUAUACACUUUGGUACAGUUUAAACCAUGUUGGGUUGGCAUGUACAAUACGGUGCCACAAGUUGGAGCCCUGCUCCCGACUUUUCCCCUGAAUACACUACAAAUGGAUUUUGAGUGUCAGUUUAGAUCCAAUCUCCUCUGUGUCUCUGAUAGUAACUCCUCUGGUCCCUCUCAGAUUUGUCAUUUACCAUUAAUGAGGAAGUAAUGGGGCUCCGAUCUUCCUCUUGUGGUCAUCCAUCAAAUAUCUCCCCUACUCUCUCAUCCAAACUUUCCUCUGGCCAAAUGCUGAGAGAGAACGUCCCUCUAUUUGCUUUGCUACCAUGGCUAUUUGGCUAAUAAUAUAAUUAUAUUCAUAUUCUACUGCCUUCUCCUUUGUUGUUCCUUUGGAGGCCAGCAGUAAAGUUACAAGAUCAAGGAUAAACAGUUGGCUUAUAUGGCUGAUAAAUAACCGCCACAGGAAGUUGAGCAAAUACAAUAUGACAAACUCAUUCAGCAAGAGACCAGUGGCUGUAGAUGAGAGGAAAUGAGGUGGAUUACUGUAGAAGUUGUUGUCUAUAAUAAAUUAUCUCUCCCAUUACACCUACAGAACAAUACACUCGCCAGUCUCACACCGCUAGCAAAACAUUUGAUCUCAGAUCUUGAGUACAAACCCGUUAGAGGUCAGGCUCCUCUGUUCCUCUGAGUAGCUCGGGGUGGAGGAGUAUUUGUGUUGGGCUUGAGCCGCCCCGACAGGUUGUUUUAUUGAACACGUCACCCAUAAUUCACAAAAUGGCUACAUUUAUUUUUUAAAUUCUCCCUUCAGUUGUAAGCUCGCACCCUCCAUCUGCAGAGUUUUCCUCCCUGACACUCUCGUGAACACACACGCACACACACACACACGCACACACACACACACACACAGAGACAUCAUAUACUACAUCUGGGACUUCUUGUUGUGAAUUGUUUUUUUUGUCAGUGAGUUUUGAAGCUUGGACUUUAUAUUUUUCUAAAUAUAUAAAACACAAUAAUUAUCUGUUUAUGUAUUUGGAAUGGAAUACUUUAUAUAACUAUGAUUAUAUACAUUUGUUGACUGGGGCAGUGGGUGUGGUUUAGUGCUGUUUUAGCAUGUUUGCACAGCCUCCCACAGACGUGUACCUUUGCAGACCUGGUGAAAUUAACUAUCAACAACUAUCAAUAAAGUGAUAAUUACCUACA